AAGCGCUCCCGGUUCCCGCAGCACCUCCGGGUCGGGUCCGGCGGCUCCGGGAUGGGCAUGGGAACGGCGGCGGGGCUGCUGCUGCUGUGCUGCGGGGUGCUGGCGCUGGCAGACGAUGGCAGCAUGGUGCAGCUGCCCGGAGGCUCCUUCCGGAUGGGAUCCGGCUCCCUGCAGAGCAGCGGCGAGGAGGGACCCGCCAGGGAGGUGACACUGAAGCCGUUCGCUCUGGACAAACACCCGGUGACAAACAGGGACUUCAGGGAGUUUGUUAGAGAAAAGAAAUACAAAACAGAAGCAGAAUCAUUUGGCUGGAGCUUUGUCUUUGAGGAUUUCGUAUCUGAAGAGCUGAAAAAAAAGGUCACCCAAAAACUGGAGUCAGCCCCGUGGUGGCUGCCCAUUGAGAAGGCAUUUUGGAGACAGCCCUCAGGCCCUGGCUCCAGCAUCAAGGACAGGCUGGAUUACCCAGUGCUGCACGUGAGCUGGAACGAUGCUCAGGCCUUCUGUGCCUGGAAAGGGAAGCGGCUCCCGUCGGAGGAGGAGUGGGAAUUUGCUGCCAGGGGAGGACUGGAACAAAGGAUGUAUCCUUGGGGAAACAAGUUCCAGCCAAACCGUACAAACCUGUGGCAGGGUGCCUUCCCUCGGGGGGACACGGCUGAGGACGGCUACCACGGCGUCUCCCCGGUGACAGCCUUCCCUGCCCAGAACAGCUACGGGCUCUAUGACCUGCUGGGAAACACCUGGGAAUGGACAGCAUCAGAAUUCCUGACUCCAGGAAGGGCACCCAGGGCUCAGAACAUGCAGGUGCUGAGAGGAGCCUCGUGGAUUGACACUGCAGAUGGCUCUGCAAACCACAGAGCACGUGUCACCACCAGGAUGGGGAACACAGCAGACUCUGCCUCUGACAACCUCAGCUUCCGCUGCGCUGCCGACAUCCCGCCCGUGGCAGCCUGGAGCAGCCAGAGCAAACCCGAGCUCUGAGCUCACCAGGAACACCUCAGACAUUUUCUCCUGUGGAGAUCAACAGUAACCCCCAGCUGCCACUUCCAUUAAACCCCAGUUGUUUUUCAAAUUAAAAAUUAUUUCAACCUUUUCA